AUGGACAUGAUUUAUUUAGAUUUUUCCAAAGCUUUCGAUUCGGUACCUCACGAUAAACUUAUUUUUAAACUCUCCCAAUUUGGUAUUACUGGGCCGCUCUUAGACUGGUUUUCUGACUAUCUGUCUGGACGUAAACAGCGCGUGGUAGUUGACGGUUUCUCAUCAAGUUACCUCGAUGUAACAUCUGGUGUUCCUCAAGGCAGUAUUGUUGGCCCAUUGCUUUUCUUGAUCUACGUUAACGACCUUCCUGACGCAGCAAAACACAGCAAAGUACCAAUGUUUGCCGACGACA